AUGCGGAACUACAUCUGGGCUCUGCUGGGCUUGGCCGCCGUGCCCCAGGCACUGGCAGCCGACGUUCUUUCCACGAGCGGAUUCAACCUCUGUAUGACCGACUCAGCAAUCAACGUCCAAAAGAUGGACGUCACCUACACCCGUUCUUCCGGGGUUGUUGUCUUCGACGUGGCUGGUACCAACGCGAAGGAACAAAAGGUCUCGGCCGCCAUUACGGUCACGGCCUACGGAAGAGAACUAUACACCAAAGAAUUCGACCCCUGCGGCGAUGAAAUCCACGUCGACAAGCUCUGCCCGGUCCCCAAGGGCACCUUCAAAGCCAGUGGAUCCAUGGAAGUCCCCGAGAACAUCGCGAGCCAGAUCCCGUCUAUCGCGUUCAACAUGCCCGAUCUCGAUGGCCAAGCGAAGCUUGUCCUCAAGUCCAAGGGUAACGACGAGAACGUCGCUUGCAUUCAGUCCGAGCUGUCUAAUGGCCACUCCACCAACGUCAAGGCUGUCACCUAUGUCUCUGCGGGCAUCGCUGCAGGCGCUCUGGCACUCACGGGUGUCUCUGCUGCCGGCGCGGCCGGGGGUGUUGGCGCGCCUUCGCACAGCCCUGGCUUCGGCGAUAUUAUGGGCUGGUUCCAUUCUAUGGCCACCAACGGUAUGCUGAGUGUCGCUUACCCGUCCGUCUACAGCAGUUUCUCCAAGAACUUCAUGUGGAGCACGGGUAUGAUCCCCUGGCCCGGCAUGCUGAACUCCAUUGACAAGUUCCGGAGUGCCACUGGCGUCAACACGACUGAAGAUAGCUAUGCUUUCUUGAAGAACGCUUCGCUUUCUACUAGCGCCUCGUCUUCUAACACAACCAAGCGCAGCUGGGACUAUGCGAUCGAGUUUGGCGAUCUUGUUGCUCGUUCGAUUGAGGCUUCUUCUGACUCUGAUGUCUCGAACAGCUCUUCCAGCAGCACCGAGGAUAGUGGCAGCACAAGUAACGUGGAUAAGAUCAAGGAGAUCUCUCAAGAGCUCCUGAUUCCCUCUGCGGAUGUCUUCAUGACCGUUCUGCUGAUCUUCGCCAUUGUCAUCGCCGUCGUUGUUGUUGGCAUUCUUCUUGUCAAGGUUGUCCUGGAACUUUGGGCACUAUACGGACGAUUCCCCGAGAAGCUUUCCGACUUCCGGAAGGACUACUGGGGCAUCAUGGCGCGAACAAUCACUAACAUGAUUCUCGUGCUGUACAGUAUUUGGGUUCUUUACUGUGUCUACCAACUUCGCAAGGGUGACUCCUGGGCCGCGAAGACGCUGGCUGCCAUUACAUUGGCUCUGUUCACGGCGCUUCUUUUGUUCUUUGCUGUUCGCAUCGUCUACAUGGCCCGCAAGUACAAGAGAGCCGAAGGUGAUUCUUCCGGUCUCUACGAGAACAAGGAGACUUGGAAGAAGUACAGUCUGUUUUACGACAACUACAAGAAGGAUUUCUGGUGGAUCUUCAUCCCUGUUAUUGUAUAUGCAUUGGUUAAGGGCUGCAUCAUCGCUGGUGGCGAAGGCCACGGCUUGUUCCAGAGUGCCGGCCAGCUUGCCUGCGAGAUCCUUCUUCUUGGACUUCUCGUUUGGAGUCGCCCGUACGCUACCAAGGCGUCUAUGGGUAUCAACAUUGCCGUUCAGGUCGUUCGUGUUCUGUCAAUUGCCUGUGUUUUGGUGUUCGUCGAGGAACUUGGUCUCUCCCAAACAACCAAGACGGUCACUGGAAUCGUCCUCAUUGUCGUGCAGUCUACCCUCACUGCCGUUCUCGCCAUUCUGAUCACCGUCAACGCCAUCAUCUCUUGCUGUCGCGAGAACCCUCAUGCUAGACGCAGAAGGGAAGCUGAAAAACAAAAUCGCGAUCUGGACGACCUGACCCCCUUGGACGCCCGGGACUCCCUGCUCAUGGAACAUCCCCAACGGAAGGAAUACACCGAAAUGAGCCACUUCAACUUCACCGGUCCCUACGAGCCAUACCGCGACCAACCCCACCGACCAGGGUCCAACGGCAGCAACGAGCACCAGCGACUCGUCGGCAACGACUACGGUGUCGCGCACGGUCGCAGCACAAGUCCCGACAGCCGCAGCUCGAUUGAAGGCCGCCAUCCAACAAAACCAGGGUAUGGAAUGGCGUACUAA